GUCAUCCUGAGUGGCCUAGAAUGAGUGUCAAACAAAGGCUAGAUGACCUGAUCUCCCCCGACCCCGGUCAAGACUGUUACCGUGCCAGGUGUGGUGGCACAUACCUUUAACCCCAGCACUCGGGAGGCAGAGGUUAAGCAACCCUAAUGCCUCAGACAGACAAGCAAGUAUGUAUCCCACCGGAGCUGCCGGAAUUGCUGAAGCAGUUCACCAAAGCUGCCAUCCGGACCCAGCCUCAGGAUCUUAUCCAGUGGGCGGCCGAGUAUUUUGGGGCCAUGUCCCGUGGAGAGAUUCCACCAGUGAGAGAGCGGUCUGAGCAAGUGGCUUUGUCCAACUGGGCAGAGCUAACACCUGAGCUGUUAAAGGUCCUGCAUUCUCGGGUUGGUGGAAGACUCAUCAUCCACGCAGAUGAGCUGGCCCAGAUGUGGAAAGUGCUGAAUCUACCGACAGAUCUGUUUAAUAGUGUGAUGAACGUGGGUCGCUUCACAGAGGAGAUUGAGUGGCUGAAAUUUCUAGCUCUUUCCUGUAGCUCUCUUGGAGUUACUAUUGCCAAAACUCUCAAGAUUGUGUGUGAAGUUUUAUCCUGUGAUCACGAUGGAGGACCUCCCCGGAUUCCUUUCAGUACCUUCCAGUUUCUCUACACGUAUAUCGCUGAAGUAGAUGGGGAGAUCUCUUCAUCCCACGUCAGCAGGAUGCUAAACUACAUUGAACACGAAGUAAUUGGUCCUGAUGGUUUAAUCAAGGUAAAUGACUUUACCCAAAACCCCAGGGUUCGGCUGGAAUAGAAGCACAAUUUUGGCAAUUUUAAAGGAAGAUACAGAGAUGGUUCUACUUCGAAAUAGCCAAACCCUUACAUACACCAUCCAAAGUCAAUUUUCA